AUGGCGAGCUCUGUUUUCGCCUUCAACCCCUUAACAGGGCGGAGAGCGCGCGAACCAGUAACCCCAAUCGCACCCAAAUCACGCUCAAGGCAAGUGUCUAGUCUUUUGAAUUUCCGAAACUCACACUCUGUGAAGUUCAAAUGCGAGCACUCGUGCUUUGAAGUUAGCAAUGUUAGCUACCAACCGCCAGGGACCGAGCUUAGCCUUUUAAAUUCUGUUAGUUUUUCACUUCCGGAGAAAAGCUUUGGCUUAAUUUUUGGACGGAGUGGUAGUGGAAAGACUACUCUUGUGCAGCUUCUUGCAGGGAUAAGCAAACCAACUUCAGGUUCAAUUUACAUUCAAAAAUAUGGAAAUGACGGCAAUCCAGUUCAGUCUCCUGAACCCUUAUCCUCAGGAAGAGUUGGCAUUGUAUUUCAGUUUCCAGAGAGGUAUUUUGUCGCAGAUAAUGUUCUUGACGAAGUUACAUUUGGGUGGCCAAGACAAAAGGGUGAUCUUCAAAUGAAGGAGCAUCUUGCUCUAAGACUCCAACGAGCAAUCAAUUGGGUUGGUUUAAGUGGGAUCUCAUUGGAUAGAGAUCCCCACUCCCUUAGUGGUGGCUACAAACGUCGGCUUGCCUUGGCAAUUCAAUUAGUGCAAGUCCCUGAUUUAUUGAUAUUGGAUGAACCUCUUGCUGGUCUUGAUUGGAAGGCACGUGCUGAUGUUGUGAAGCUUCUAAAGCAUCUAAAGAAAGAAUUGACUAUACUUGUUGUCAGCCAUGAUCUCAAAGAGUUAGCAGCUAUAGUUGAUCGAUCUUGGAGGAUGGAGAUGGGUGGGAUUCUUAGGGAAGAGCCUCUACCGAUUUGA